CAUUAAAAAAUUCACCAAAAUCACACUUUGCAUAGUGGGACCUCAUUAACUAACCCCUAACCAUAACCAUAAAUCUCCAACCAAUCUCAGAUCUCCACCAUUGUUUUCUCCACCGGAAAGAUGAAGGUGACCGUUACUACGCGGAGUGGCAGAGAGUUAAUCAACGGUGGGCUUGUUCUUGAUAGCUCUGCUACUGUGGCUGAUUUGCAGGAAGCAAUUCAUCAGAAAAUCAAGAAGUAUCAUCCUUCGAGACAACGUCUAACCCUGCCUGUAGAACCGGGCUCAAAGAAGAAGCCCACCGUUCUCCAACACAAGAAAAGUCUCAAAGAGUACACAACCGAAAACUCCGACACCAUUACCGUAGUGUUUAAAGAUUUGGGCCCGCAAGUCUCAUACCGCACACUCUUCUUUUUCGAGUACUUAGGCCCGUUAAUCCUCUAUCCCGUCUUCUACUACUUCCCAGUGUACCAAUUUUUCGGGUACAAAGAUGAACGGGUCAUCCAUCCGGUUCAAACAUACGCAAUGUAUUACUGGUGUCUACACUAUUUCAAACGUAUCAUGGAGACCUUUUUCGUGCACCGGUUCAGUCACGCAACGUCGCCUCUUUCAAACGUGUUUCGGAACUGUGCUUAUUACUGGACUUUCGGGUGUUACAUUGCGUAUUACGUUAAUCAUCCUCUUUACACGCCUGUAAGUGAUCUCCAGAUGAAGAUUGGAUUCGGGUUUGGGUUGGUUAUGCAAGUUGCAAACUUGUAUUGCCACGUCAUACUAAGAAACCUUAGGAGCCCGAGUGGGAACGGAGGGUACCAAAUUCCGCAAGGGUUUUUGUUUAAUAUUGUGACGUGUGCGAAUUACACAACCGAGAUUUAUCAAUGGUUGGGAUUUAAUAUUGCAACACAAACUGUUGCGGGUUAUGUCUUUCUUGUCGUUGCCGCUUCCAUCAUGACUAAUUGGGCCCUGGCUAAACAUCGGCGUCUCAGGAGGCUCUUUGAUGGGAAAGAAGGAAGACCAAAGUACCCUCGCCGAUGGGUGAUACUGCCCCCAUUCCUGUAAGCGACUACAAACAUUGGUUGUGUAUCGUUAUUAAUAGCUUGGGUUUAUCAGCUAGAUUUGGCAGUAUCGUGAAUUGUUUUUAGUCAACAUAUGUUUUUUACUUGUUUAGAACUUUUGUUUCUUUUGUAUUGUGAAUCAUACCAUGUGUACUUGCUAGUUGCUACAUUAGACUUUUGGAUUUAGCUGAUUUGUAUUUGCUAGUUUGAGUCUU